GUUCGGUUGGCAAACCGUUAGACCUGUCAAUCGCUGUAGGUUCGAUUCCCAGCGGGAGCUUUUGGGUGUUGUGUUGUGAAAAACAUCUCGAGUUGAGCCAAUAUGAAAAUAUAUUGAACUGUUGUGAACACAAUCUUGCUGUUCAAUAUAAUAUUUUAUUUAGUCAUGGACGGCCAGUCAUACCUUUUUUGUUUUAUAAUAGGCAAUUCGCAAAAAAAUCUACGCAUAUCGCAAAAUCUUUUUAAUGACGCCCCGAGAGUUUCAGCUCUGCGUGCAGUGGCAAUAAAAGGGUACCUACCUACCUAGAUCGUGCCCGCGAAGAACAGAUACUUUCACUUUUUAUAAACAAUUUGAGUCGUGUGCUGGGCUAUUAGUGCGUCUCGUUUAGUGAGGAAGAUCGCUCAUAAGUACAGGGUUAGAAACAUGGAUGUUAAUUUAAUGAUUCAGUUUUUGACGUCGCUUCUAGUUUUCACAUCCCUAGCGUCUUCGUAUCCGGCGCAAAACGAAGAAAUCACCACGAGAGCUCCAAUCGCUGACGAAACGCUAGAUUCUACCUUAAACGAUAAAAGAUACCUCCUGCGACAACUGAAAUGCGCCAUCGGAGAAGCGCCUUGUGACCCUGUUGGUAGACGACUGAGGAGUUUGGCGCCUCUGGUGUUGAGAGGAUCUUGUCCCCAGUGCACCCCACAGGAGCAGAAGCAAAUCAGGAAAGUUCUGGCCUACGUUCAGGUGAACUUUCCCAAAGAGUGGAACAAGGUACUGCAACAGUAUGCCGGUUAACCUGCGAAACUAGAAAAAAUGGAAUCGAAAGUAGAAAUGGUUGAAAUGCAAUAAAAUCGUGUUUUGCGGGUCGAGUUCCAUGUAGAUGCGAACGUUAUUUUUAGUUUUUGUUUUGGCAUUUUAUACAAUCCAGAUUUUUAAGAUUUUAUUUGUAAGCCGCGCCACCACCACCACCUUGCUAUGUGAUAUCCUUUAAGUUAAGUAUCUAAUUUAAAUAAACAUAUCAGUAA